AUGGCGGCGCUGAAAGAGGAGCGGAGCUACGGGCUGUCCUGUGGAAGAGUGAGCAACGGCAGUAAUGUCUCCGUCUUCCACGUCAAACUCACUGACAGCGCGCUCAAGGCCUUCGAGGGUUACCGGGGCGGAAAGGAUGUCCUUUCAUCACAACCAUUGAUCACAUUUAAUGGAAACCAAGGGAAAAUUUCAAUACCAAGGUCAGAAAGUUCCAAUGAACUGCACACAUUUACUUUCUACCUGUCUAAUGUGGGCAGAGACAACCCGCAGGGCAGCUUCGACUGCAUCCAGCAGUAUAUCACCAGCGAGGGUAGCAUUCAGCUGGAUUGUUUGGGUGCCAUCCAAGACAAGAUUACUGUAUGCGCCACCGACGACUCUUACCAAAAAGCCAGAGAAAGCAUGGCCCAGGUCGAAGAGGAGACUCGCAGCAGGGGUGCCAUUGUCAUCAAGCCGGGCGGCAGAUAUGUCGGCAAAAGGGUUCAGAUCCGGAAACCGGCAUCGGCCCUGUCUGACGUGGCACCCUCGCGUAGGACUUCUCGGCCCGUCAUCAUCUCUAGCAGCGCGGUUAAGAAAGCGAGUACUCAGCAGAGGCCGCUCCGAGACCGUCUGGUUCACCUGUUGGCCCUCAAGCCUUACAAGAAGCCCGAACUGCUCUUGAGGUUGCAGAAAGACGGCCUCUUGCAGUCCGACAAAGAGUCCCUGGACAGUCACCUGCAACAGGUGGCAAACCUGAAUGGGAAAGAUAAUACCCUCACAUUAAAAGACUUUUUAUAUAAAGAAGUUCAUAAAGACUGGCCUGGAUACACGGAAGGGGAUCAGCAGCUUCUCAAGAGAAUCUUGUUCAGGAAGCAAUGCCAGUCUCAGAACAACGCAGCUGCUCCACCCGAGAGCCCGCCCAAGGAGUUGGCCAGCAGCUCACCGUCUCAGAAACGUCCAGCUGCUGACUUUAUUGACCCUCUCGCCAAUAAGAAGCCGAGGAUAUCGCACCUUGCCAGCAAAGCUCCACAACAUCCUAUCAACGGCAAACUCACUUCUUCCAAUGGCAAGGGGGAGGCAGGCGGAGCGCAGCCAGGAAUCGCCGCUCCCCUGUCGGACAGCGUCCUGACAUCCAGUACACAGCCGCUCCCCUUGCUGGACAUUCCCCGACCGUUCGAAGCACUUUCGGAUGUCAGCAAUGACUCUAGCCACAAUGGCCGAGACUGCGACUCCCAGGAAACCGUAGCCGACAGGCUUGGCCAGCCACCUUCGCUUCCUUCAGUGACAACCACGCCUGCUGUCAACGCGUCCCCCACGCCGCUUCCGCCCGACGAAAGUCCGUCAUCCGCCGCAGGUGGCAAAAAGCCGAAAAAGAAGUCUAAGAAGCAUAAAGACAAGGAGAAGAAAGACAAGGGGAGACCCAAAAGCCAAGAAGAGAAGGAAAAGAAGAGUCCACACACAGUGCCUGAGCCUGAUAGAACCUCUCUGAACGGGAUGUGUAAAAGUACCAGUAUUUCAACGUCACCAGAGGUGGCAGACUACUUAUUGAAGUACACCGUGAUCACGUCUCCAGAUCAACGUCAAAGGUAUAAAAACGACUUCAACUCCGAGUAUAGCGAGUACCGCGGUCUGCACGCUCGUAUUGAAAGUAUCACCAGGCACUUCACGGUGUUGGAGAAUGAGCUGAAAAAGUUGCAACAAGGCACAGACAAGUAUAAGACAAUCCAUAAUCAGAUACUCGAAGAGUAUCAUAACAUUAAAAAGAUCAAUCCUCACUAUAGCCAAGAGAAGAACCGCUGUGAAUAUCUGCACAACAAACUGGCACAUAUCAAAAGAGUCAUCGGCGAGUACGAUCAACAGCAACUCUGA